AUGACAAACACGUCAAAUGCUCCACUUUCAACCGCGCUGUCCAUAAAGCAAUAUGAUCUCAAAGCAAACCACCUGUUGCCAGCGGAUAAUGUAAACGGAGAAGAAAGAAAAUUUGCACAAGAUGAUUACGAUUCCCAAGGUGGUGAUAUAAGUAUUAUUAGUGAUGGCGAGAAUGUUGCUAACAAUAAAGUUGGCGUGAAUCAUGAUAUUGAAAAUGGCGGGGAUAGUACUAUUGAAAAUCAAGAUAGCAAAAGUGAUGGUGAAAACAUUGAUGGGGUAUCUAUUGAUAGCAAUGAUGGCAAUGGUUCGAACAAAGUCCACAACACAGAGGAGACUCCUGAUAGCAAACGAAUUCUUCUUCAGAGGUUCACUAUAUAUAACUCGGCUUCAACGAUGUAUAUAGUUGGAAGCAAUGCCAAAGAGUCGCUAUAUCGAGUGAUGGAAAUAAGCACGGAUCCCGAAGAUGAGACCAAUUUGACCAUUGUGGAGGACAAGAGCUAUUUUUACACUAGAAAGGAUUUGAUUGAACUUCUCAAUGGCCUUAAUGAAUCAAUUGAAGGUGGUAUCCACAAAUUGGCGCAUGGGUAUGGAUUACUUGGUUUGAUCAGGUUUACUAAAGGCUACUAUAUGUGUUUGAUUACCAAGUGUUCUCAAGUGGCCAUCUUGGGUGGCCAUUUUAUAUACCACAUUGAUGAAACAAAACUAAUUCCGUUGGGUAGUUAUCGAAAACCUGAAAAGUAUAGCGAUGAGGAGAGGUUAUUAUCAAUUUUUCGGUAUAUGGAUUUGAGCAAGACGUUUUAUUUUAGUUACAAUUAUGAUAUCACAAAUUCGCUACAAACAAAUCUUAUGCGCCAAAAAUUGGCAGGAAAGGCAAACGUAGCAAACAAUUUGUAUAAUACAUGGCUGCAUAAUGAACGGUUUGUUUGGAACAAAGUGUUACUCAAGCCGCUCUUGCAAAAUGAAGAGGUUGCUACGUUUGAGUGGUUUCAACCUAUUGUGCACGGCUUCAUAGAUCAGGCCAAUAUUAGCAUAUAUGGCAAGAAAUUCUACAUCACCAUUAUAGCCAGGAGAUCGCACCAUUUUGCAGGUGCAAGGUUUCUCAAACGAGGCAUCAAUAAUAGAGGCAAUGUUGCAAAUGAGAUUGAAACAGAGCAAAUUGUUAGUGAUAUGAUGACUUCGAGUUUUCAUGAUCCUCAAUAUGGCAUGUACAAUAAUCCAAGAUACACGAGUUUUGUUCAACAUCGUGGGUCCAUUCCAGUCUAUUGGACGCAGGAAGUGAAUAAGAUAAAGCCACCGAUCCAGAUCAACAUGGCUGACCCAUUUUACCAAAGUUCGGCUUUGCACUUUGAUGACUUGUUUUAUCGAUAUGGCUCGCCCAUCAUUAUAUUAAAUCUAAUCAAGCAAAAGGAAAAGCAACCGAGGGAACUGAAAUUAAAUUUGCAGUAUAUUGCCUGUAUCAAAUACCUCAAUCAGUUUUUACCCUUGAAGCAUCGAUUAAUAUAUCAUUCAUUUGAUAUGUCGAAACAUUCGAAAAAGAAUCUCGAUGUUAUCACACCUUUGCAAAAAAUUGCUCAUGGAGAAAUCAACCAGAUAGGUAUAUUCCACAAUGGAACGACAUUGGCGACUACCAAGCUCCAGCGUGGUAUUAUACGCACCAAUUGCAUCGACUGCUUGGAUAGGACUAAUGCGGCACAAUUUAUUAUUUGCAAAGAAGCGUUAACAAAGCAACUACAAAGCUUGAAUCUAAUAUCCAACGAGCGUACUUUAGACUAUGACUCUGACUUGGUCAAUAUAUUGACGGAGAUUUUUCAUGAUCACGGCGAUACGAUUGCAAUCCAGUAUGGAGGAUCUAAUUUGGUCAAUACAAUGGAUUCGUAUAGGCGAAUCAAUCAAUGGUCUUCCCACACGCGUGAUAUGCUUAAUAGUAUCAAGAGAAUGUAUUCCAACUCAUUUAUAGAUACAAUUCGACAAGAGGCGAUAAAUUUGUUUUUGGGCAACUAUGUUUAUCAUCCUGAUAAGCCUAAGCUUUGGGAGUUGAGCAAUGAUUUUGCGUUGCAUAAUGACUUGUCCGUCAGCUAUGGUGCGCCAGUAAAGAGGAGUUACCGCGCGUGGUAUAAGAAGGAAAAUAUUGACAAGAAUAGAUUUAUUAUUAGAAGUGGCUGUCAAGAUUAUGGUGUGUGUGAGCCAAUAGGUGGAACGAUCAGUGAACCAAUAGGUGAACCAGUAGGUGAAACAGCGGGUGAAACAGCGGGUGAAACAGUGGGUGAAACAGUGGAUGAAACACUGGAUGGCAAGCUGGGUAAGACACUGGGUGGUGCUUUUGAGAAUGAAAAGAGAGUAGUAGCUGCUAAUACCAUAACUCCACUGGAUAUGAAUGAUAAGUGGUUUAACGAGUGUUAUGUUCCUCGAAAGUAUCAAUCUUUUAAGGAUCUUUUUCUGUACAAUAUGAAUUCCAAUUCUAGGUACUUCCCGCUGAUUGUGCAGAUGCAUAAGCAACAGAAUAGCUCAAGUGGAGAAGCAGGAGCUGCAGCUUUUGAAAGUUUUGGCGCGACUACAGCAAAAACAACAAGUGCAGUAACUGGUGGUACUUUGGUUGCAACUACUGCAUCGGUACUGCCACCAAUGUUGUUUGAUUAUAGUCCAUUUGAGAGUCGUAAGAUGAGAGGUGGGGAUAAGAAGGUUGGAGAAGAGGAGCUUAGUUAUCUUGACCACGAAGUUGAAAAUGAUGAGCAUGGGCAAGUUGAUAAACAUCAGUUUGGCAACGAUUCUCCUGGAAAGAAAUCGAGGACAAAGAAUAUCACAUCGUUUCUUGCAUCAAAAAUCACCUCCAAGCAUAAAAGUCGAGAGAAUAGGAAGAAUGUGGGAAUUGAGAGCGAGAGUAGUAAAAGUGAAGGAGGGAGGUACCUACAUGGUGAUGAUGAUGAUGAUGGUGAAGAAGAAGAAGGAGAUAUUGGAAUGAGCAGGGGUAAUUAUUAUGCUAUGUUUGAUAAACAGCGAUGUCCUGUUGCGAGCAAAAGAGAUUUGGAAAUGUAUAAAUCACAAUUUGAUUACAGCAAUAUCAUUAGCCAGCUACCGGUGCAGCGACAAGCUCUGCAAUUAGGGGCAGAGAAAAAUAGUGGUGUUGAAUAUGGUACUGCUAACUUGAAGCCGAGUGAAGAAGAUAUUGAAUUGUACAGGUUUAGUUCUGAUGAGCUUUUGCAUAAGAUCAAUGGGGUUAUUCCAGGCCAUGGUCAUUUGGCGAGUGGGAAUUUAGUGUCUGAUGCAGAUAUCAGGUUGUAUGCUAAAUAUUGUGCUGAAAGAGACAGUGGUGGUGGUGGUAGCAGUGAGCUUCAUAAUUCAGGGCUUAUACUGAAUUAUGUUUAG